UAGCUUGAGAGAACCUCCAUUUGUCCGACAUUAAUCCAAAAAAGCCUGUGUCUUUAACAUCGUGAGGCUCUCAUUUCGUUGCAAAUCUCCAAAGCACUCGCUCACAAUUGCAAUUCUCUCUCUCUCCACUUCUUUCCUACACCAUAUCUUCUAUAUAUCUCAACUCAGACUUAAACAUAGUCCGAUAUUUUCUUCAUUGUGUAACAUGGUGGAAAGAAAAACACUAUAAUAUAUAUACAUAUAGUUCCAGUAGUUACCCUGUUUCAUUCAAUUCUGCUUUUCCCACUCAAGAAAUACAAAACAUAUUUUCAAAUAUUUGUAAUACAUAUAGGGAGAGGGGAGAGAGAUUGGGUUUUCUGGUUCUUGUGUUUGGUAGAGAGAGAGAGAUUUGAUUAAUAGAUUAAAGUGGGCGUGUUUGGCUGGCCAUAGUCAUAGAAAGAUUCCUUUCUAUCUGAUCUAAAUUUUCCUUCCUGUUUUGGUCAACGUUCAGAAGAAUACAAAAGGUUGAGAAACUUCACAAAGUAAAAUUGGGCUUUGCUUUCAAUUAUUUGUUGAGUCUGUUACAAGGGAAUUGGUAAUUGAUGACCUUCCAGUGUUUCUGAUUGGCUCACUUAUCGCCAAAUUGCAAUCUUUUGUUGAGAAAAAAGCCAUCCCUGUUCCACCAAAAGUUUUCAAAGUUUUGGAGUUUCAAAAGAAACCAUUUCUUUCGGAGAGAGAGAUGGGUUCCUACGGGAUGCUGGCGAGGAGGGCUUUAGAGACUGAUACACCCGUUAUGGUUCAGAUACAGGAACUGAUCCGAGGUGUUAAAGAUGCUAUGUCUCUAGCUCAGGGGGUAGUGUAUUGGCAACCACCCAAGUUGGCACUGGAAAAGGUGAAAGAACUUGUAUGGGAGCCUUCAAUUAGUCGCUAUGGUGCUGAUGAAGGUCUACCUGAGCUCAGGGAGGCAUUGGUAAAAAAGCUGCAUCAAGAAAACAAGUUAUGCAAAUCUUCAGUGAUGGUUACUGCAGGUGCAAAUCAGGCAUUUGUGAAUUUAGUUCUUACAUUGUGUGAUGCUGGGGAUUCUGUAGUUAUGUUUGCACCGUACUACUUCAAUGCUUACAUGUCAUUCCAGAUGACUGGUGUUACUAACAUUCUGGUGGGUCCUGGUAAUCCAAAGACACUUCAUCCAGAUGCAGACUGGUUAGAAAAAACUUUACGGGAGACGAAACCAACGCCAAAGCUUGUUACUGUUGUCAAUCCAGGCAACCCAUCUGGAACCUACAUCCCGGAGCCUCUUCUCAUGAGGAUUUCAGAUCUCUGCAGAGAUGCUGGAUGUUGGCUUGUUGUAGAUAAUACAUAUGAGUACUUUAUGUAUGAUGGUCUGAAACACUCCUGUAUAGAGGGCAAUCACAUAGUCAACAUUUUUUCCUUUUCUAAAGCUUAUGGAAUGAUGGGAUGGCGAGUUGGAUAUAUUGCAUACCCUACAGAAGUGGAGGGUUUUGGAGCUCAACUCCUUAAAGUUCAGGACAACAUACCGAUAUGUGCUUCUAUAAUCUCUCAACGGCUGGCCCUUUAUGCCUUAGAAGUGGGCCCUGAAUGGGUCACCGAACAAGUGAAAGACCUUGUCAAGAAUAGAGCACUAGUCCUAGAGGCAUUAUCUCCCCUGGGAGAGGAUGCUAUAAAAGGAGGAGAAGGUGCAAUUUAUCUGUGGGCAAAACUUCCAAACAAAUAUCUAAAUGACUUUGAAGUAGUUCGGUGGCUUGCUCGAAAACAUAGGGUGGUUGUGAUCCCAGGAAGUGCAUGUGGUUGUCCAGGGCAUGUUAGGAUCUCAUUUGGAGGGUUAAUAGAGGAUGUCUGUGGAGUUGCUGCAGGGAGGCUGAGAAGAGGGUUAGAGGAACUGGUGAGAGAUGGAAUGAUCGAGUGAUUGUCCUUUAACAAUCAAUUCAAUAUUGAAAUUUAGUCCAGAUCAGUUAGUUGCUGCAAAUCCACGAACUGUUGUAUUCUCAUCCUUAAUAAUUGGGGGAUUUCUGUUGCCAAAUUCAUCCAAGUACCCAUGCAUGUAUUCCCAUACUCAUUGAUCAUGACUACACACAAAAAAUUGUAAUGAUCCAUGUAUAUACAUUUGACUACAUAUGAAAUUCCGCCAUUGUAGGCCAAAAUGUGUGUAUGCUCAAUUCCAAUAAGUGAAAAAUUCUCCUGACAUUGAACCA